AUGGAGUGCAAGUGCCUUCCGGUGGGCUCCGAUGAUGUAGUUGGCGCUGGUCUAUUCGGCGAGUGUCUCUCUCCGCCGGAUCUGGCGUUCGUGGCGGUGGACGGAGGCGACACCUUCACGGUCGGCGUAGUGGCUGACAGCGGCGAGGUAGUCGGUUGGGGCCGCGCAUUCUACGGCGAGCUGCCGGCGGAUUCUGCGGUGGGGAAGGGUGUGGUGACGCUCCAGGUGAGCGAGCGAUGCAGCGCGGUGGCUUGCGGCUCAAACCACGUGUUGGCUCUGACGGAUUCGGGUCGCGUCGUGGCCUGGGGGUGGAACGCGUCGGCUCAAGCUGCAGUCUCUGCAGGUGAAGACGUUGUGCGUGUCCCUACGGUCGUCGAGUUCCCGACGCCGGUGCAGAUCGUGCAGGUGGCUGCAGGCGGCAUGCAUUCGCUGGCGCUGGACUCGAGCGGCGGCGUCUGGGCGUGGGGCUGCAAUGAAUUUGGUCAAUUGGGCAUCAACUCGGAGGUGGAGACACAGCAUUCGCCCAGGCGCGUCGCCUUGUCUGCAGAAAUCCGUGUCCGGGAUAUCGCUGCUGGGUGGGCGCACAGCGCGCUCGUCUCGACAUCCGGCGAGGUGUUCACCUUCGGCUGGGGGUUGUACAACCAGCUUGGACACGGCUCCACGCAGAACGAGGUGGAGCCUGUGGUGGUGGACGCACUCCAAGGAGUCGACAGCGAAGCUGUCCAGGUUGCCUGCGGCAACUGGCACACGGCAGCGCUGACGGCGUCUGGGGAUCUCUACACAUGGGGCUGGGGAAAGGAUGGCCAACUGGUGCGUCCUUGGCGCCCUCGUCACCUCCACGUGCGUGCACUGAUUCCAUCUCGCGUAUGA